AUGGAGAGAAAAAUUAAAAAGUCUGCAAUCCGUCGCAGUUAUAAAAAUCUAGCAUCAGUUUGUGUCGGAUGGUUUCUGUUGGUCGUAUCAUUCGGAUCACUUCAGGGUAUUGUCAGUAGUAUUAACCAUGAAGAUGGUCUUGGAUUCUUUUCUAUGGCAUGUUUUUACGCGGGUGCUAUCAGAAGAUUCCUAAUUGUAGCUCCUCUUGUAUUUUACAAUGGACUUCAGUGGGCUUUUGCUGUAGGUGAUAUAAUGAAGGCAUUUGGUGGAUGUGUUUUUGGUGCAGAAAAGGUUGGGACAUUUAUAGCAACAUACCAUUUUGCAACAUGCCUGUCUUCAGUAUUUUCAGGAUUAGCUGAACCAAGAACUGGUAGAAAAAUAUUGUUCAUGUUCGCUUUAAUGGGUGAAUUAUUUCCUUCGGAGGUGGAAUCUGCAAUGGCAGUUUAUUUAAUGUUCCGGUCAUUUGGUCAUAUCACAGGAUUUGGAUACGCCCACUUUUUGUGCAUGAACACAAAGAUUUAUGCUACUGGUGGUAUUUGUUUGGUAGCAUCUGGAUUUGUUGCUGUAUUUCACCAAAAGCCCCAUCUACAGAAAGAAAAUCUUAACACUGUAAAAGCUUGAUUCGUGUAUAGAUUUGAUCGAAAAGUUACUAACCAUUUCGAUAAUAAGACGGAUGUUUCUGUCAAAGCUGGAUAUGUACACCUUCCCGGGGCACCAUUCCUUGUUUAUAAUUUUCACUUAAUUGUCUUAUUACUUCGGAUUGUUUUCGUUUCUACAUAUCCAAUCAUUCUAAUCAUUUUCUGUGCUUUAUUGUGUAAUAAUUCAUUUGAUUUUAUUGCUCAAAUUUCGGGUACCAUGAUUAGUUCAUAAAAAAUAUCUUAUCUAUCCAUCUGAAUCACAAUUUAUCUCAUCUUUAGUUCAUUUGGUGUCUUCCAUCUAUUACAAUAAUUAUGAUCUAUUUCUUUCAAUUACAUGUAGUUGAAUUUAGGCACAAAAAUAAUAAUAAUUGAUAAUUGUUUUCAGUAGAAGUAGAAUGAAAUCCAUUCAGAUUCAAUGCGAGAAAUAGUAUUAGAGCGUAAAAUGGUACGAUUUCUUGAGACUAAAAAUACUUGUACUAAAUCAUGGAAUAACGCGCUUUUGUAAAUUUAUAUUUGAGCAUUUUGACUGUUAAUUAUCGAAUGUUGUGCCAAUGUCAGAUAUAUGAUGAUUGGUUGUGAUCGAUAUAUAUUCCAACUUGUCAAUACUAGAGACGAAUUAAAUCUAGUCUUGUUUUAUUUUUUGUAAACAUGUCUCUUUGAAUUGCUGUUUAGAACAAUUUUUUCUUUUUAUUCAUAUAAGGGGUGUGUCGCCGUCAGGAAUCUCAUCAGUGGUUGUAUUAUAUAUUAUCUAAGUAUAUUGGUUAUUUGGGGAAUUUGUGAAAGAAAUAAUUGUUUUGUGUUAACCUGUGCAUUUAUUAUUAGCAUAAUUGAAUCAUUGAUUUUGGGAUCUUAUAUGUUCAUCAAAAUUGUAUAAUGCUUUCAUUCUCACUUUAUUUCCGGAGAGGACUGGGGCGUGUUUUUUUGUUCUUCAGUAGUGAACCAGAAGAGGUUCAUUUCUGUUUUUUUUGCAUUGGGGAGAUCUUCUGGCUCUCUUCUAUCUCUUUUUUUUUUUAAAGGUAGUUAAGACGGCAGAGGCACAUAACAAACAUGGCGUCGCUUAGUUUAAAUGACAUUAAUAAAUUUAUA